AUGAGUAAUUUGACACCGCGUUCUAUGAAAUCAGUAGAAGAUACAAUCGAUAGAACUCCAGAGUAUAUAAGCUUCAUAAAAAGUCUUGAAGAGUUCCAUAAAAAUCAUGGAACCACUUUCCAAAAAGAACCUGUUUUGGGAUCAAAGAAAUUAGAUUUGUAUAAAAUUUAUCAAAUGGUGAUUGCUGAAGGGGGGUGUGAAAGAAUAUGCGCGGAGAAAUCAUGGAAAAAAAUAUGCGAACGUUUUAAUUUUCCACAAACUUGCACAAACAGUGCUUUUGUGAUGAAAAAUAUUUAUAUAAGAUUCUUGGAACCAUACGAGUUGGAACAUUUUUGGGGUAAAAAAGUUCCUUAUGGUGGAAUUCCCGGAAAACAAAUAUCUUCGCCACAACAACAGCAUCAACAGCAUCAACAGCAUCAACAGCAACAUUAUCAUCAUAGUGAAACCCCACAUUUUGUGCCACAAGUAGCUCCUGUUUCAACAAAUCGAGUUUUAAAGAUUUUACCACAUGAAACUCCAAGAAAUGAUUGUAAGAUAAAUUGA